AUGAAGGUUCAAUCUAUUCUCUACUCCGCCCUUUUUGCUGCUGUUGUUAUGGCUGGUGACGGUGAUGGUGACGAAGAUGACAUGACCACCGGUGCCUCCGCUGCAACUGUCUCUGGCUCUGUCGCUCACAGUGGUCGAUCAGGCCGUGGCUCUGCUGCUACUACUGCCUCUGGCACUGCUGCUGCUACCACCAUGUCAAUGUCUAUGGAUAUGGAUAUGGGUUCUUCUUCUGCCGCUGCCUCUUCUAGCGGCCACUCAGGUCGUGGUUCUUCCUCUGGUGCCGCUGCAGCCACCGCCACUGCCGAAGCUACUGCUUCUGGCUCUUCUGGCUCUGGCUCGGGACGUGGUGCUUCUGCAUCUGGAUCUUCCGGCUCAGGCCGUGGUGCUUCUGCAUCUGGAUCUUCCGGCUCAGGCCGUGGUGCUUCUGCAUCUGGAUCUUCAGGCUCAGGCCGCAGCGCUGCCUCCGGCUCUGCUGCCGCUUCCGGCUCGGCAGCUGCUUCCUCUAGCUCCAGCUCCGGUGCCGGCUCUAUCGUUGUCAGCGGUGGUCUUCUUGGUGCCGCUGUCAUUGGUGCCGGUAUGCUCUUCCUUUAA